ACAAAUAUUUCUUUAAAAUUGUUUUGCCUUUUGGGGGUGGGGAUAACUUAGGACGACUUGCUGCUGUACCCUUUUGAGUCGCUGUCUCUGUUAAGUUGAGGGUGGGACUACAGACGUAGCCAGGAUGUUAUAUUGGGGUGGGGUUGCGGACCCACACUGUAUGAUUAUGUAUGAUUUUAUAUAAUUAAAUAAACACUUGUCGGAAACCCACGAAACCGAUUAAGAUGUCCAGGGAGGGAGUGUUAUAACAAGUUCACCACUGCUGGCCACUUUAUAUAAACACUAUUGAAGCCAGUUCCCUUCUGCAAAGAAUAUGCAAUUUGAUAUCCUGACACAGAACUUUUGUCUGCUUGUUUCAUGGCAGUAUUUAGAAUUAGAGUGAAAUACUGUUCUUGUUAGAUGGAUAGAAGUAAAAAGUUAAAGUUUGUUCUGUUUAACGACACCACUAGAGCACAUUAAAUUGAAAUAAUUAAACAUUGUGCCUUUUUUAUUGAGGAUUAUAUAUAUGAAAUUUGUUAGGGUUUGGAUUUGUUUUCAUGAGUAUGUAAAGAAUAACAUAUUGAAAGGAAUUAAAUGUAAUAUUAGCCAAAAAACCCAAUUAAAUUAAAUUAAACGAUUACAAAGUACCAUUAAAUAUUUGCAUUGUCUCUGAAGUAAAAGAUAAUACAGUACAAAGAGAUUAAAGGUAGAAAUGCGUGUUUUAGUCUGGGAAUGGCAGUCCUCUUUGUGGUGAAGCAAGAGGGAUGGAAUAAACUUUGUGGCGAUACAAGAGGGGUGACAUUUCCAGUCAAUGAUUUCCUCGGGAGUGGCUUUUCUUCUAUAGAGGAGGCACUAGAUAGAGAUCCAUGUAAUCAUCAACUAUUAUACCACAUGCCCAUUUGACUCUGCUUUGUGCAGAGAUAUGGCCCUGAUCAGGUCAGGUAUAACGAUGAAGGCAAUACGGGUAUCUAAGUUUGGUGGACCAGAGGUACUCCAGUAUGAAGAGAAUGUUGACGUGCCAAAACCCAAGAACACUGAGGUUCUUGUCAAAGUGAUGGCUGUUGGAGUGAACCCUGUGGAAACGUUCAUUCGUGCUGGUCAGUAUGACACGGAACUGCCUUUCACCCCAGGAACAGAUGCUGCUGGCAUUGUGGAAAAUGUCGGUUCAUCAGUAAAGAGAUUCAAGAAAGGUGAUAGGGUGUUGACGGUGCGGUCCCGAUCAGGGGCUUAUGCAGAAUACACUGCUGUAGAUGAGAAGUUUGUGUGUCAGCUUCACGAGAGACUUUCAUUUGAUCAGGGGGCAGCCAUGGGAAUUCCUUUCUACACAGCAUACAAAUGUUUAAUGUUUAGAGCUGAUGCCAAAGAAGGAGAGACUGUGUUGAUACAUGGGGCAAGUGGAGGGGUUGGGACAGCUUGUAUUCAGAUAGCUAAGGCACAUGGAAUGCGAGUGUUUGGAACAGCAGGUUCUGGGGCUGGUCUGGAGCUGGUAAAGAAACUUGGAGCAGACGCGGUUUUCAAUCAUAAGGAAAAAGGAUACACAGAUAAAAUAAUGGCAGCAACUGAAGGUGAUGGUGUUGACGUGAUUGUGGAGAUGAUGGCUAGUACCAACUUACAGAAAGAUCUUGAAAUGAUUAAUUACCAUGGGCGUAUAGUGAAUGUUGGUGGAAAAGGGCAAGUGAAGAUUAACCCUGGACUGACUCUGGGAAAAGAAUGUAUAAUAACCGGGGUGGCUAUAUUGUCUUCAUCAGAGGCUGACGUUAUGAAGAUGCAUAAUGCCAUGGAAGAUGGGAUGAAAGAGGGUUGGAUUAAUCCCUGUGUAAACAAGACAUUUCCUCUGGCUAAGGCAAGCCAGGCACAUGAAGAGAUUGCACAUAACAAGGGAGCUCUCGGGAAAAUAAUUUUAAGAACAUGACUUCAAUACAAUAUGGGGGCGGGACUUGGUAAAGCGUUAGCUUGAUGCGCGGUCGGUCUGGGAUCAAUCCCCGUCAGUGGGCCAAUUGGGCUAUUUCUCACUCCAGCCAGUGCAUCACAACUGGUAUAUCAAAGGCUGUGGUAUGUACUAUCCUGUCU